GAUCCAUUUCUAAUCAAACCAGUUCAAUUUCUUUACACUUCUCUGUUCAAGAUGCAAAUCUUCGUCAAGACACUCACAGGAAAGACCAUCACUCUCGAAGUUGAGAGUUCCGACACCAUUGACAACGUCAAAGCUAAGAUCCAAGACAAGGAAGGAAUUCCCCCGGACCAGCAGCGUCUCAUCUUCGCCGGAAAGCAACUCGAGGAUGGCCGCACCCUCGCUGACUACAACAUCCAGAAGGAGUCAACCCUUCACCUCGUCCUUCGUCUUCGCGGUGGCAUGCAGAUCUUCGUGAAGACCCUCACCGGCAAGACCAUCACCCUUGAGGUCGAAAGCUCCGACACCAUUGACAACGUAAAGGCUAAGAUCCAGGACAAGGAGGGAAUCCCCCCGGACCAGCAGAGGCUGAUCUUCGCCGGAAAACAGCUUGAAGAUGGACGCACCUUGGCUGACUAUAACAUCCAGAAGGAAUCCACUCUUCACCUUGUCCUUCGUCUAAGGGGUGGCAUGCAAAUCUUCGUGAAGACUCUUACGGGUAAGACUAUUACCCUCGAGGUGGAGAGUUCGGACACAAUUGACAACGUGAAGGCCAAGAUCCAGGAUAAGGAGGGUAUUCCCCCAGACCAGCAGAGGCUGAUCUUCGCUGGAAAACAGCUUGAAGAUGGACGCACCUUGGCUGACUAUAACAUUCAGAAGGAGUCCACCCUUCACCUUGUCCUUCGUCUCAGGGGUGGUAUGCAGAUUUUUGUGAAGACCUUGACUGGGAAGACCAUUACCCUUGAGGUCGAGAGCUCUGACACUAUUGACAAUGUCAAGGCCAAAAUUCAGGACAAGGAAGGUAUCCCACCGGACCAGCAGAGGUUGAUUUUCGCUGGGAAGCAGCUCGAGGAUGGUAGGACCCUUGCUGACUAUAACAUUCAGAAGGAGUCUACCCUUCACCUUGUCCUUCGUCUCAGGGGUGGUAUGCAGAUUUUUGUGAAGACCUUGACUGGGAAGACAAUUACCCUUGAGGUCGAGAGCUCUGACACUAUUGACAAUGUCAAGGCCAAAAUUCAGGACAAGGAAGGCAUCCCACCGGACCAGCAGAGGUUGAUCUUUGCAGGGAAGCAGUUGGAGGAUGGGAGGACUCUUGCUGACUACAACAUUCAGAAGGAGUCUACCCUUCACCUUGUCCUGCGUCUUCGUGGUGGAUUUUAAGCUGUGGGCUUUCUCGUUGUGAUGUUGGAUGGUUGCAAAAUUAUGAAAUUGUGCAUGUGUAAUGGGUCUGUAUUGACCCUCUAUGAAAUAAACUUGGUUUGUAGUCAACUUCUGUCGUCGAUUAAUAAAUUCAGUUCUUUUGCUAUUGACCAGUGUGUGAUGAACGUUAUGUACAGUGUAUCAAUUUUAUCUUUUGUGAUGGAUGCGUAUUAUGUUAAAAUCAACUAUCAGUUGCGAUAUUGAACAUCUUGUAAAGAUGAAUCUGCUCCUGAUCUGACGAAUUGACGGAGAGCUUGAAAUUGAGUAGAUUGUAUAAUUUUUGGUUCGGAAGGUGUGGUGUGAAGGAGGUUGGGAAUCAGUAAAGAUUGUGUGAAGGUGUUUUGUGCAAUUGGAUGGUGUUAUUCGGUCAAAAUUGUGGUGUUCAUUGUUACGCUACGAUUCCGUGUUUAGGCACGUAAAUUUGUAAAACGUUAAUCCACAGGCUUGAUGAAAAGGAUCUAGAGUCCUGGGGCAGGUAGAGAUAUGACGUGAUCUGCUUUAAAAUAUUGUGAUGUAAGUUUCAGUUUGCUGCUGAAGAUGCGGGCAGCUAAUACUAUUCUCAUGCAUAAAAAGGUAAAAACAUCGAUGAAAGAAUACAUGGCACCACAGCUUCUAGGAAACAUGCGUAGACGAAAAGCAAGGUGCAAGUUUUCUGCAUUCCCAUGGUACAUAUUUCCAAAUUGUGUUGCGGACAGCAGCACAUUGAGAUUAUGUUCACAGCCCUUUUAAUACAACCCUUAUUUCACCGAGUAAAAUCACAUUGACGACACUAUCGAGCCUCAGGACUCCAUUAAAAAUUAUAGUUUAAAAAUAUAAUUUAUGAUAUGCUUUUUAUAACUUUUAUAUCUUCCUCUACUCAUUUUUGGUUUAACGUUGAAACAAUUAAUCUUUUUCAUUGAAAUCUUGAAUGAUGUGCGUUGCAUAUAUUCAAAUUAUUUAAUCAAUUUUUUUGUCAUCCUCUCUUCUACAGGAAAAGUUAAUAUUCCUUAGCCCUUAUUUGAUAUAAAAAUCUUGUGAUUAUUAGCUUUUACAAUGCAAAAAUGUAAAUAAAAAAUAUUUUG